AUGCAAGAAAGUACUCGAUUUCGAGAUCGGGGAAGCAAGAAAGAUCGAGAUCGGGAUAGAUCUAGCCGGAGUAAGCGGAGAAGAGGGGACCGGAUGUUGCAUGGAAGCAACCGAGAAGAAGGAGAGGACAGCACCGACGAGAGCAUCGACGAGGACGAGGAGGACGAUGGCGACGUCUCCGGCGUGGCCGUUCGGCUGCCGCCGCCUCCUCCUCCAUUCUCCAAUCCGUCGCCACCGCCCUUGACUCUGCCUACAAAUCACAACCCUCGGAAGAUCUUCCCUUCCAAGGUCAUGCGGCCUCCCGCGGUGUGGAAGGCGGCUGAUGAGAUGAUUGGGGUCUCCGUUCCGAGGAAGGCUCGGUCAGGUACAGAAGAAUACCUAAGUUUUGAUGCGGGGAAUUUGGGAUCCGUAGGAAAUUUUUGGGUCCUGGAUUGAAAUCUCUAACCAGUUUUAGGUUUUCUUUCAUUUGGUUUUGCAGCGCCUGCGAAAAGGCCUCACGAAUGCUUGCCUUCAGGUAGCGGCGGGGGAGGUGGUGUCAGUGGUGAGCAGAUGCAUCGACAAGCCUCAAGUUCUCCUUCAAGACAAAGUCAGACAGCUGCUGCUGCCGCCGCCGUUCCCCCUACUUCUAUCUCGCCGGCUACCUCGAACGCGUCUAUCCGGAAGAAGACGGUCAGAUUGUCACGAUUUCUUUCGUUCCGAUUUCCUCAGGGUAAUCCGUUCCAGAUUCUGACGCGCCUCCUCCUUUUUCCUCUCUUUUGCAGAAGCAGAUUGGCGGUUCGAAGCAGCGGCCGCCGAAGAUAUCGAAAUCGCCUUCCUCGAUCCAAGAAAUCGAGAUUGAGGUCGCCGAGGUACUGUAUGGCCUGACGAGGCAAUUUCAGGACCCUUCGAAGACGGAGACUCAGACGCCAGAUUCCAAGGAUACGAACGGAUCCUGCAACGAGAUGAAAUCCAGAGCCUCUUCGCCCAACUGUUUCUCCCCCCCUCGGGCGACAUCUCAAUCUUCGGUCCUGCCGCUUGGUAUGGCUGUGGAGUCCUUCCUCCGCAUUUUUUCUCGUAUUUUUUCUCUUCCCAGGCCUCCGAUGGUGAGAUUUCCAUAUCGCUGUUUACAGCGCCGAAGAGGAAGAGACCUCGACCCGUCAGAUAUGAGGACGAGAGCCCCACAAGCCCUCCCCAUCCUCAGUCGGGAGUAGUGUCGAGUGCCUCAGUUUCUUCCACCAAUAAGGCAGCCGAAGGGGAGCGGCCCAAGAUGGACGUCCCCUCGCCGAAAUCGGUGAGGGCGGCUUCAUCUCCGGCUGAAAAUGGUGGGGCUCCGCCUGAUUCCGGCUCUCGUCCGGCGGCGGAGGCUCCCACCGAUGUUCGGGAAGAAUCGAAGCCGGAGGACAUCACCGUGCCCGACGUCAAGUACCCGGCGGCGGAAUCGGAAGCCUCCGUGCCCUCCAAGGAACCCGCUCCGCUCGGAUUGGACGUCAAUGACGCUGCAGCGACGAUGACAAAAGCGUAAGCCCAGAAAUUUCCAACAGUUUUUAUUCAUCUCUAGAUAUCAUUGAGGACCCCCCAUAUUCUCCCCUCUUAUCCAUCUUCUUCCUUUGAUCGACAGCGUCCCGGCAGAUGACCAUCCAAGGGAGAAAUUCCAGAUCGAUUUAAUGGUGGGGAUUCCUCUCUCUCUCUCUCUCUCUCUCUCUCUCUCUCUCUCUCUCUCUCUCUCUCUCUCUCUCUCUCUCUCUCUCUCUCUCUCUCUCUCUCUCUCGUAGAAUACGCGGAUGCGUAUAUAGUGAUUUGUUUUAUUUAUUCUAAGGAGGCUCUCAUCUUCCUGCAGGCACCUCCACCCGGGAAGUCCUCGCCUGAGAUGGAAUCUGAUUUUAUCGUGGACGACAGCAAGCCCCCCGCCCCCGACGUUGAAAGGGUAGGUUGCUAUCUCGGCCAUUUCGCUAGAUGCGUGCGUGAUCCGGUCGUCCUCUUGGGUUGACUUUUCUUUACCCCUCCCUCCCCCAGAUGCCGAAAGCUGAGUUUCUGAAGACCGAGGAAGGUAGAUACGAGAGAGCUGUCAAGCAGGAAACUCGGGAGGUCCGGAGGGAAGAGAAGGGCGACAAGAGCUUCCUCGAGGGUCUCGACAGAGAGAGGCCCGUGAGCAAGGAGAGGCCCCCUGAUCUGCACUUGGAUGCCGAGAAAGGCGGCGAUAAGGCCAGAAUCGGCGGCAGCAAGCAGCCGGGACAGAGGCCGCUGCAGCAGUCGAAGGCCACGAGAUCAGAAUCUAAACCGGAGAGGGCCGGUAAAUAUCUCGCUCUCUUCGAUAUCCCUCGUUCAAACUUAUCUCCCCAACCGGGUCUGGCUGAUACAGUGCCGUCUCUCAUCUGCCUUCUGUUUUUUUUUCUUUCCUCUUUUUCCAAAGCAGUACAACCUGGAUCGGUGCCUCUGCCCAUGUCCAUGGCCAGCUGGCCUGGCGGCCUUCCUUUCGGGUGGGUAUCUUCUUGACAGUCUUAGUGGUAUAUUUCGAUGGCUUGAGGGCCAUGCGUUGACAAGCUCACUCUUUGCCGCAGCUACGUGGGUCAAGUUCCGUCUUUGCAGGCGGUCGUUCCCGUGGACAGCGGCGCCGCGCAUUCCAAGACUCUCCAGGUACUUGCUCUCCAUUGUCUCCUUCCUUCGUCCUCCUCCGCACAUGUUCUUGUCUGUGUGCUGAUUGGCUGACCUUCCUUCCCGGGUUGUUGCAGCCGCCGCACUUCGUUCCGCAGCAUCUCCGGCCGAGGAGGUGCGCGACCCAUUGCUACAUAGCGCAGAACAUAUACUAUCAGCAGCUCACUCGGAUGAAUCCCUUCUGGUCGGCCGCCGCCGGCUCCGCCGCUCCAUUGUACGGGGCGAAGCCGUACAAUCUGAACAUGAUGCCCGGUGCGGAUUCUGUCGCCCUCGGCAGUCAUCUGCAGGGAGGCUUCCCAGGUAGGGGCUUGGGCGGGCUACAGGAUAAAGCGGCGGGCCCCAUGGUUGGAUCCAUCCCUGGUCACCCUUCCAAAGAGAAGGGCUCCCCAGCGAGUGGUUUGGCAGAUGCUGCUCAGAGGAAACAGCUUGUUCUUCAACAGCCCCUGCCAGCGGGAGCCUCGAGCAACAUCCUGGUAUGGCGAGGAGUCUUUUCUCUUCCUUGAUUCUUCGAAACAAAUGUUUCUUCCCUCGCUCACUCCCUCCCCUCCCCUUCCCUCUCUCCCUCUACAGCCUACGCCAGCCUUUAUUUUUCCGAUUAAUCAAACACACGGAGCACACGGCGCGGGCGUGAACCGAGCGACGCCCCUGAGUAACAUGAACCCGGCUCCCUCUUCCGCUGCUCCUGCUGCUGCUGCUGCUGCCGGCGUCAGCUCCGGAUCGGUGGCUGCACCGACAGCCGCCGUGGGAUUCAACUAUGCGAACUUGCCCCAGGGCGAGGCCCAGUACGUCGUUCUACAGAACCACGGGUACCCUUUCCCUAUUCCAGCACACGUCGGGGCGCCGCAGUACAGGGGAGGAAGUCACACCCAAGGGGUGCCGUUCUUCAACGGCUCCUUGUACGCCUCCCAGAUUCUUCAUCCCUCGCAGCUGCACCAGCAGCAGCCUCAGCCGCCACAACCUUCUCAGCAAAACCACCAGAACGCGAGCACAUCCACCAGCUCUUCUUCUUCCCAGAAGCAUUCUCAGAAAGCCGCCGGGGAUGGGGCCAGCGGGGCGGGCGGCGGAUCGGGUACCGAUGUUCCUGCGCUGAAGCAACAACGGCAUCACCUUCCUCCCCAUCAAGCGCGCCAAAUUGAAGGUGAAACGGGCGGUGGAGAUAGCCCAUCGUCGGUCGACAGCAGGAUAUCACAGGCGCAGAAAGGGAUCUACGGCCACAACUUUGUGAUGCCUCUCCAUCCCCAGAAUUUCGCGUUGAUGUCCACAGCGGUGGCGCUGAGCGGCGGCGCCGCGAACCACAACGAUAAGUUGCAGCAGCACCCGCCCCCGCAUCAACAGCAGGGGAUGAAAGUGGAGCUUGCGCCUUCUCAGGCGUUCGCCAUGUCCUUUGCCUCAUUCAAUGGAGUCGCCGCUGCGGCGGCCGCCGCCGCCGCCGCUUCAGGGCAGCAUCAUGCCCUUGAUUUCUCAUCCGCUGCGCAGAAUCACGCUAUUUUCCAGAGUCUCCCAGAGGCGGCCAGGCAUGGAUACCAAGUCCCCUCCUCGGCACAGGCGGCAGGCCAGCACAAGAAGCCUCAACACCAGCUCCCUGAGGGUGGGAAGUCUCUGGGGGAGUCGGUCAAUACUGGUGAAGAAGCGAGGAAGGCGAUGCUGGCUGGAAAGCCUUCUUCAAGUCAGUAACAUUCAUCUUCCCUUCAUUUCCUUAUCCACGACAGGAGGUAAUCGUUCCAUCUCCUCUGUCACAGGGAGCAGCUCCAUCGACGGGACCAACGCAAGGGUUAUAAACAUCGUUGGGUCGAUGAAUGGGGGCAGCAGGGCUCCCAAUCGACCUGAUGCUGCCGCGCCUUCUGCGACUGGCACUUCCUCCGCUGCCACGGGCGGUUCUCAGCACCAGCAGCGGCAACAGCACUUGCUCCAUCUUCAGAAGCAGCAGCAGCAUCAACAGCAUCAACAACAGCUGCAAAUGCAACAGCAGCUUGCCUCGCGGGGAAAGCCGGGGGGGCCCGGCAACAAUGUGGCCGGCGCUUACUCUGAUCGGAUGCCAGGAGGGGCGGCGAUGUCCAAGCUCCCAAAUGCUCUCUCUGGCAUUCCCCAGGCGCUCAUCCAAGGCAACAACAACCCUACCCAGUCGGGGCAGUGGAAGAACUCUGCUAGAGCCGGCGCAACGGCCGCCAUGUCAACUCCCGCUCCGAACCCCAACACCCCGGCCGCCAAGAACCACCUGCCUCAGCAGCAAGGGAGGGCUCCUCCCCAGUCGAUCCUCUCAAACGUGGGGAGCCAGUCGCAGAUAUCUUUCGGGAUCAACUCCGGCAGACCCUCACCAACUGGGCAGCAUCAACAGCUCGGUGGGACGAACAGCGUCCCGUCGUCAGCAUCUGCCGCCACCGCCGCCUCCGUCGGUUCUUCGCCAUCUUCAGCGUCCAAGAACGUAGGUGGCAGCCCGAGGGGUUCUUCCAACGGGAGCAAGAUGGGGGCACCGAGCACCACGCUGCCGCUGCAGCAACAGCCCCUGUCGAAGAGCUCGGGGACGGGGCAUGGCCGCAAGGCUUCCUCCCCCUCCAUCCUGGGUCAACCACACAUGGCUACGUCUCCGAGCUCAAUCAUGAAGUCCCAGCAACAACCGCAGUCCCCUCUGCAGCAGCAGCAAAAUUUACAGAAGCAGCAGCCAUUUCCGCCACCGCAGAUCUUCUUCGCAAACUCGUACCUGCCGGCCCAAUCUUCCCACUCAAACUCCGCCGCCGCCGGUGGGGCGGCCCCUGGGUACCAUCAAAGAGCCCCCACUUCUGAACAGCAGCAGCAGCAGAAUCAGCCGCCACUUUCCUCGGCCUCCGGUGGUACGCUCUCUCUCUGCCCCCCCUCGCUGACCCUGGCCGGCUCCGCAGCCACAACCUCGGAUCCCCCCAAGGCGACCGCCACCGCCGCCGCUGCAGGGCCGAACAGCAUGAAAGGCCUUGCUUCUCCGAGCAUCCUGCAGGCCGCACAUUUUGCCUCCGGUAGUCCGCAGACUCUCAUCUCCGCGGCGGGCUUCCCGUACUUCCACGGCAUGUCGUCUGUGUCCGUGAAGCCUGCAGAGCAGAAGCCGGCCGCCGGUUCGUAGACGACCAGACUCCUCCGAGACUUGAGCGUUCGAAGAAUGCCCUCCCUCGCCGGCCGGAAUGGAAAGUCCGGCGGAGGGGCGGCGCUGCCUGGAUGAUGAAAUGAGCAGGAGCAGGAGCAGGAGCAGAAGAAGAAGAAGAAGAGCGUAGGGUUGGCCAGCCGGCCUUUUGAUGCCUCCCUGCCAGUCCCAGACGCGGCGACUCCGAGCAGGCCGACGAUCGUCGGGACACGGAGGUCGUCCCCCCGCGCCUCCCGGCGGCUUGGAAGAUGUGGGCUCGCCUCUGCUCCUUGUACAGUUGUAGUAGACGAGGCUGAUCACCCGCUGUGCAGACGAGGCUGUUAACGAUUUAAGUUGUCUUCUCUUAGAACUAAUUUCAAUUACUCUCUAGGCAGGCAUUGUUUAACAAACAUCUCGAAGCUCCUCCUUCCCUUUGCCAUCCUCCUCUUCUCCCCUGCUGCCCCGAAGACGACGACGGCCUGUGGCCUGAAGAUCGGUCGUGUCUUUUUUUUGCUGUGCGAGUCCCACCCCCCCCUCCCCUCCGGUCCUUGAAUCUCUGGGGAUGACGGGCCGUCAAAAACGGUCAGACCUUUGAAAGAUGGCGACGCCAUUGGAGCAAAAGAGCCGAGCUGCCUUUUCUUCCCUUCCUGUCCUUCCCCACCACACCGGGUUGAGUGUGGCGUCUGGAUAGGUCGACGAGUGGUCGUCUUUUAUUAUUAUUAUUAUAUUUUCCAUUUAUGUGGCACCCAGCGUGAGGGGGCAUGUAAGAUGGCAGGCCCCGUGGUCCCCGAUGCCGCCGCCAAUGUUUUUAUUUUGCAGAAGCUGCGUGAAGGCCGCAGCAACAACUCGCCGUCCAAGGCGGUCCCAGGAGGCGGCGGCGGCGGGGCAUCAUAGUCAACCGUACUAUAUAGCUGGUGGGGCCGCGUCUCUUGGGUGA